CGCGGAUCAUGUACGGCGACGUGUUCAACGCCACCAGCGGCCCGGAGGCGGCGGGAAGCGGUGCGCUGGCCCCCGGAGCCACGGUCAAGGCAGAGGGAGCUUUGCCGCUGGAGCUGGCCACCGCGCGUGGAGUGAGGGACGGCUCGGCCACCAAACCCGACCUGCCCACCUACCUGCUGCUCUUCUUCCUCCUGCUGCUGUCCGUGGCGCUCGUCGUCCUCUUCAUCGGCUGCCAGCUGCGCCACUCGGCCUUCGCCGCGCUGCCCCACGACCGCUCGCUGCGCGACGCCCGUGCGCCCUGGAAGACGCGGCCGGUAUAGGGCGGACGGAGUCUGGGCCGCGGGGCUCUUGGUCGUUAGCAUCCUGGAGAGCCUCCAGCAGGAGCAAGGCAGGGUGGCUCUGGAGUCGCUGGACCCUGGAACACUUCGCCUGGACCCAAAGACCCUUUCGGACCUGGAGAAUAAGGGCUGGAGGAGGACGUGUUAGAGGUUGCGCGGGGUCCUGGCCCCAGUGCCUGGAAGUACUCCCCACGCGCGUCCUCCCUCCAGCCCCUCCAGCGGUUCCGCCAGCAAACCACCAUCCGGAAAGAUGCGUACCCACCGGAGCCCAGGAGCCUUGCCUGCCUGGUGAGUUCCUGGACUUUUUGCUCGCAGAGGGGCAGCAGGCACUGCGAGCUAGCGCGGGACUAAUCAGGGGGCUGACUGUCCGGGCUGAACUCCUCUGCCCUAUGGCUGCCCUCGGCAGCUGCAUCUCUUGCUCCGUGACACUGGGGAUCCGCUGAAGAAAUGACGCGAGGUUUCAGUGUGUCCUAUUCGGGUUCUCUGAGAGCAGGGGCUAAGGGGGCCGGUGGAGGGGCAAGUGAUCCCAGCGGCUGCGUCUCAUGCCCCCGUGGACCACAUUUCUAUGGUAAAAACUCAAUAAAUUAGAUCCAGCACUGAGAACACUGAUCAUUGGUUGCACCGUCUUGGAAAGGGAGUAUGAGCUAGUCCAUACCCAGCAGGAAAAGACUCAAGGUAGACCCAGCUCCCCUGUGAGGGCCAGGUCAGUCUGGGUGUAUCUCCUUUCUGGUUUUCCCUAGCCUUCCCCACCACCCACCCCUGCUCUGGAAAGUGUUUGGUUUUGUUUUCUGUUUUCUGGCAGAUUCCAGGGAUAACUGCCCCCUGAUCUGUUGAAUAAAUUCCUGCUAACAGGACCCCAUGGAGACCCUCUCUGCGGGCCAGGUCCUUCCUUCACACCUUUGCUCACAGAGCUUUCUCACCCCUGAAGCUUUCUGAACCAGAGCUAGAGCUUGGCCAAGGGUGGCGUCACGCUGGCUGAGCAGUAAUGUUUCUUCCUCCUGUUGGACCUGGAUUCCUCCCCACCUCCCAGCCCCAAGUAACAGAAUGUGACCUAGUUGUCCUCUGCUAAUAUGUAAGCGAGUGGACUACAGUGUGAUUACAGUUUAGGUGGUACUGUGGACUGAAAAUGUAUGUUCUCCCCACAUCACAGUGUGAUUACAAUUUAGGCAGUACUAUGGACUGAAUUAUGUAUGUUCUCCCCACAUUCGUAUGUUGAGGUCCUGACUCCCAGAAUGGCUGCCUUUGCAGUACGGAACUGGAGCUUCAUGAAGUCAUAGGUGAAGCUCUGGCACUCCUCCUUGCUCCCUGUUGCUGAGAAGGCUCUGGGAGCACAUACAGAGAUGCUGGCCAUCUACAAACCCUCAUCCAAAACUGAAACUGGACUUCCAGCUUCCAGAACCAUGGGGAAAUAAAUUUUUGUUG